UUUCUCCUGGGUCAGCUUCAGCAGGAACAGAGGGAGACCCGCAGCUCUAAACUGUUUUAACAUAAAUCAAUGGCUCAUUCCAGGUAAAUCUCAGUCUGACGUCCAGUCCUGAGCAGAUGUUAGGGUUGCCCCCUAGCGGCUGGAGAGCAGCUGGAAUCAUUUGCUUUACAAUGCUGCUAUUUUCAUCACCAUUAACCAUUUUCUGCAUCCUUUAUUUGAUUGGUUGCACGAUUCCACCCACGUAGCCUGGUUUCUUUUAUGGAAUGCUCUGUGGCUUUCAAUUACCACUAAUUAAAAGACAUCCUGAACAAAUCGACACUUUUAAAGUCUAGUUCUUUAAGGUUUGUUGGAGAUGACGAAUUUCAUAUUCAAGCCUUGAUCUUUGAAGUUGUGAGGAGCUGAUGAAAGCCUUUGGUUGUGGUGUUUGAAGUGCGCAAAGCAGCUGGCUUUGUGUUCGUGGGGCUCCUCCCGUUUCUGUGAUGAAGUUCGGAUGCGCGUCACCAAGCAGCGCGCACAGCUGAGGAGCUUCCCCGACGCCACGCCACGGCACGAGAGAUGGGGAGAUGCGUGGAUCACGAUCACGGGAGGCUUCGAAUGUGACAUUGUCCGUCGUUUGUACCUCCACAGAACGCGGUGCCACCCUUUGUGUGAGCACUGACCGAGCUGAUCUGGAUUCAGAACACCCAGCAGCACCUAUCCCCCCCUUUCUACAAAGCUUCCUUGGCUGCGUGGACCGUGAAAAACCUCUCGGAUCGGUUUUAGUUUUACUCCAACAGAUCGUGUGUGCGUUUUUAAAGCAAAAUUGGAUCCGGGAAAUGUUGGCAUGGCCGCCUCGGGAGCUCAUAAGUGUCCGAAGAGUGAGAAGUUGGACGAGGCGCAGGCUUUGGCCAAGAGCUGCGCGGGGAGACCGGACUUCCUGCCGUGUGAUGGACUCUCCAUCUGCGCGACGCACAGCCACGGGAAGUGCUUCAAGCUGCACUGGUGCUGCCACUUGGGCUGGUGUCACUGUAAGUACGUGUACCAGCCCAUGACCAAUGUGUGCCAGCUGCCCAGCACAGCUGUGCCGUCCGUCGGAUCAGAGUGCAGCGACACCAUGGACCUCUCCGUCUCUCUGGCCGAGCGCUUCCUGAAGCUGGCACCCAGCUUCCAGUCUCCGCCUCACCUGGAGUCUCCCAAGUACUGUGUCAUCGCGGAUCUGUUUGUGGACGACUACAUUGUCAAAAGGAUCAAUGGGAAGAUGUGCUACGUGCAGCGGCCCCUGCCUCCCUUACCGGAACCGCCUCAACCUCCCUCCCCUCAGCCGCCCGCUCCAGCUACACCUCAAUUGCCUCCUAAUCCCAGUCCGCCAGAGCAGCCGGUGAGCCCGAAGCGGCAGGCUCCUGCUCCGCCGGUCCCACAGCCGUACAGCGAACAGAAACACCUCUCCACUGUCGAGAAACUAAAAGGCCCUAAAAUGGACCACUGCUCGUCCCCGUCCAGCUCAGAGGACUCCGGUAUCAACGCACUGGGCCUCCACUACCUGGAGUCCUGCGAGGAGGGAAGUGAGGAUGAGGAGGACGAGUUGAGCACAGAUGGAAACUCAAGCCCUGGAAGCCUCUGGGACCAGGACGACUGUUCUCUUCUCUCCCCCUCCAAAUCAAUGAUAGAGAUCAUCGAAAAGAUUGAAACAACUGUCUAACUGACAUACAGAAACCACUUAUGAGGAGGACCAACGGAGCAGUGUCCAACAGAGAACAGCACUCCAGGAUUUCAUUUUCCAUGGACUCACAGGGAGCAAACCUCAAUCUAGUGGUUCUGUAGGGUAUUUGCAAGGUUGCUUCAGUCUGAAUUUCUUCUCCUGCAUGUGGCUGAAGAUUAUACAGCCACAAAUUUCACAGAGCCUCUUUUCUGCCCAAUUCCCCUGCAUGGAGUUCAUUUCUGAGACUUAUUGGAAUCAAGAAGGAAGCACAAAAAUCUCAAGGAUGUGAACAGUAGACAGAAAUUCAAGAGUAGAGUAGAAACACGUCAAAACAGACACGAAAGAUAUAAACGAUAGGCUUUUUUUUGGGAUUUUCUUGUGUAGGUAAGUUACGGGAGCUACAUUAUGUAGGAACAAAUUUGUUCUCUGACGACAAUGAACAGUGAGGUAACUCUUGGUGUUCUCCAAUUGUCAGUCUUCAGUGUCAUUCAACCUCCAUGUCAUCUCUUAUUCACUGGUAAGCAACUCCACCCACACAUACAUUGCUAAUUCUGACACUUGAGCGUAAUGAUUGCGAGGCCGGCUACCUCUCAUGGGCCUCAAGCACAUCAGCCUUUUAACUCGUUAAAGACUCACCUCCGAGCUGACCAGACGCUGCCUGCUUCUGUCGCAUUAGGAAAAAAAAGCUUUCAGAGGCCACAAUUCAUCCGCACUUUACCGACGCCAUCUCAGGCGGCAGGUAGGUCGGUAUCUGACAAUCAAGAAUUACACAGAAGCACAUUGCUACACGGUAGCUGCCACUAAAGACCACUUCUAUGACUAAUUACCACACGUUACUAUGUUCUUCUGACCACCUUUGUUUGAACAAACGUAUCUAAACUGUAGAUGACAGGUCAGAUUUUUAGAAGUGGGGUUCUGUGGGGAGUGUUUGAGUAGUCGGUGGGCUACACUUACCAGCAGGUGGGUACAGCUCACUGAAGAAAACAAUAUGAUUAUAGGUUCAUGAGAACAAGACAAGAAGAGAUCUUAACUGGAUUUUGGUGAAACAAAGAAUGACCUAUAUUUCUGAUUUCACAUGUAAUGUAAAGGUUUUACAAACCAAAAUGAAUCUUAUCAGUAUGGAAUAUUCUACUCCAGGUUAUUCUGGUUAAUAUAUUAUGGUUUCCAUACAUGUCUAAAUCUAAAGGGGUCCUAUUUUACAUAGAAACAUUUAAAAUGCGAUAUAUUGCACACAAGCAGAGUUAAGAUUUUCUAUGUUUCAGACUGCGCAUUUCAGAAUCUCUCUACAGUGUAAAACUAUUAAUUUCAAGCUUGAUCAAUCUAUGCAUUUUACAUUUUUGAAUUAACAUGCAGCAGUACAGAAUAGGAUACAUAAAAUAUAUAUAAUAAAAUAUAGGAACAGAAAUUAUGAAAGAAUCCAGAAUCAUUUAAAAAAGAUAAUGUUUUCCUUUAGCAUCCACAGGAAGCUGCAAAGCGGACAGUAAUCUUUGCAUCGCUAUUAACUGUUAGCUAUACGUAUAUUCCCAUAAUGCUUACAAACUGUUCUUAAUUUAUCUGUCACGUUUUCAACGUUUCUUCUGAGUACAAAAAUAAACCUGCUAGUUAAGAGAUUUAAAAGUGGUGGAGGCUUUUCAGUGCUUUUGUCAGUGAGUGUGGUUUACCAACCAGACAGCUUCUGCACUAGCUAACUUUGUCAAUAGAACAAGGUAACAACUCAAUAACUACUUCCUCUUAUACUUCAAAAUAAGUCUUAAGUAUAUAAAUGCAACAGGGUGCUAAGAUUAAAUGCUCACCAUUUCAUCCAGUGCUCAGAAUAUUAGCUUACAUUUAUUUUGACAGAUACUCAUAUGCUAGCAGCAGCUGGUUAGCGGUUUACAACACAGGCUUGGAUUUGUGACAUUUUAUUAUCUUGAGAUCUGGCACCAGAAGGUCUUAUUACACCACUGCCUAACAGAGGUAGAUUUCUGUUUUUAGAUGCCAGAACCUCACAUUGGUUCUGAUGUGUGGAAAGCCAAUUAGCAAUAUCUAAGUAUGUAGUUUUUAAAAACUUGUACUGUUUUCCAUCUCUUAUGCAAUUUAAUAUAUUUUUUAUAUGAGAAAUAGUACCAGAAUGACCGUAGUCUUCUUUUAAUAAAUUAAGUAUAGAGUAGUGGAUUAAUACCACCCUCCCAACCAUUGCUGUGCACUGCUAUUCAGCUGGCUGCCUUUUUUUCUCUCACACAAGCUUUUAGCAGUAUGUAUGUUAAUUCUGGCUAAUAAACCAAGUAAUAUAAGACUUCUAUUCUUGUGUUUUGGUAUAACAUGCAAAACUCAUUAGAAAAAGACACAUUUCUUUGCUUUUGCUUAGAUUUAUAAAUCACAAUCACAAUAUUUUAACUGAAAUAAUCUAUCCAUUCAUCCAUCCAUUAUCUAUACCCACUUAUCCUUUUAGGAUUUUUUGGGAGGUUGGUGUCUUUCUCCAGCAGUCAUGAUCUAAAUAAAGGCAAAUAAUGGUAUUUAGGUAAGUCUAUAUAUUUUUAUCUGCUUUAUUUAAUCUAAAUACCGUUUUUGCUCAAGGGUAUUGUACCAUGUCUGCAGAGAACCAAUUUCUGUUCCUGCAAACUGUGCUAGCUAAGGUAGCCAUCUACUGCAAGCAGAAUACUGACUGCUCAUAACAACUCCACAGAACCCCAGUUCAAAUAAUUUGAACCAUCCUAUUAAAAUAGAAUCAUAUACAGAUCUUUAUAAAGAGCCAGAUAUUGAAAUUGCUUCCACAUAUCUCUGGCACAGCAAACAUAGGAGAAUGCUAAAGACUAUUAAGAUACAUGAUAUUGGCUCAAUUUGUCUAAUGUAUUAUUUUAAAUCAAUAUUAUAACAUGACUGCAUAUUCAUUGGCUUUUGGUGCUAUUAAUGCAUCUUUUAUGAUGAAUCGAAGGAGUAGGCAGGGAAAGAAGUAGAUUAGAAUAGUUUGUCACAGUUAGUUUGUACUAUUGGACAGAAAUAAUCACUUAUUGCACCUUUAGAGGGAAAUUACAAUGUGAGAUGGGAUGUUGCAUAGGUGUUGUGAUGUGGUUGAUAUAACAAGACGUGAGCCAGCCCUUUUAUUAGUUGGUUACAUUAAGCGGGCUGGAUUUUUUUUUUCCAUUUCUCUCUUCCUUUUCCUUUUGUUCUUUUGUUUUUACAGGUCAUUUGUCAAAAGCUAUCAGCAAAAAUUACCAAAAUCUUCACAAGUGUUGCUGAAUUUCCUUAAGCACAGAAAGCAGAAGUCAUUUUGCAUGACUGCAUUUGUUCUAGCAAAUAUAUAAUAUAUCUACAGUAUAUAUAGUUUAACAAAUUUUGUGAUUCUGUGUGAAAAAGAUAAAACGACUCCUAAAUCAGGGUGACAUCUGGAACAGAAUCCUUAUUAAUGCAGUUCAAAAUGUAUGUUAUGUUCUUAUUAUUGUUAUAUUAUUUUCAUAUGAAUAAAUCUUAUGAAACUGAG